AUCCCGUUAUCAUGCAAAUGAUGCGGGACGAGCGGCCAGUGUGUCAUGCCCUUUUAAGAAAAAUGAGAAAUAGUCGGGAGUGACGUCUGCUGCGCACACAGGCCGGAGGCAAACUGACACUUGCGGAGCGGCGAAAGACAGCGAGCGAGAAACGAUUGUUGGGCUGUCCGGUGAAGCAAACCCGCCAUGCGUGAAUACAAGCUAGUGGUGUUAGGCUCUGGAGGUGUGGGCAAGUCCGCUCUGACAGUUCAGUUUGUACAGGGAAUCUUCGUGGAAAAAUAUGACCCUACAAUAGAAGACUCGUACAGAAAGCAAGUGGAGGUAGACGGUCAGCAAUGUAUGCUUGAAAUUCUCGACACAGCAGGCACAGAGCAGUUCACAGCAAUGAGGGACUUGUACAUGAAGAACGGCCAAGGCUUCGCCCUGGUAUACUCCAUCACAGCACAGUCCACUUUCAACGACCUCCAGGACCUGAGAGAACAGAUUUUACGAGUAAAGGACACAGAGGAUGUGCCGAUGAUCCUGGUGGGGAACAAGUGUGACUUGGAGGAUGAGCGUGUGGUGGGGAAGGAGCAGGGCCAGAACCUGGCCAGACAGUGGAACCACUGUGCCUUUUUAGAGUCCUCUGCUAAGUCAAAGAUCAAUGUCCUCGAUAUCUUCUAUGACCUGGUCAGACAGAUAAAUAGGAAAACGCCAGUGGAAAAGAAGAAGGCGAAAAAGAAAUCCAACUGUGUCCUGCUUUAAAGACCCCCCCCCCUUCUCCAGCCCCUGCAGCAGCUCUGAGCCAGAAAUGCUGUAAUGAAGAACUGUUGCCCUGAUUGGAACGUGCCAGCAUUCCAACAGCCCCACCCCCCACCUCCCUCCAUCAGCCAUAAACGGUGAAUCAGCUGACUGAACUGCUCCUAUCGAAGACGAGGAUGAUCUACAUGAGCGAGAGAGAGAAAGAGAGAAAGAGAUGGAGAGAAUAAAGAGAGAGAAAGAAAAGACAGUAAGGGAGAAAGAGUGAGAGAAGACUCUGGUCUCUCGCCUCCGAGGACCUUCCUCUGUGUCUCAGUUUCAGUGUGAACCCUGAAUGGACAGUCUCCAUUUCUGCACCAACAAACAACACCACAAACUUAGGAUGAUGAUGAUGAUGAUAAAAGCCUCUGAACGUAUAAAAAAAACGUGUUCUUGAGCUGGCAACAUGGCCCGAGAGCAGACCCCACCUCUUAAUUUCCUUUUUUUUUUUUUGGCAGUUUAACAAAAAGAAAAAUAACAAGAGCGUUAAAGAAGGAAAAACAAAGUUAGAACUUGGAUUCAGUAUUUUUCAUCUUUUUCAAUAUCAAUAUUGUAUUUGAAAGACAUGGAAGUUGACCUCUUUUUAGUUGUAUGAUUAUAAAUAUUCUUCAAAAACGAGCAUGAAAAAAAUGCAUCAGUUAUUAAGUGUAGAUGUUUUCAAGUGAAAUCAAGUGGAAAAGUGAGAAUUUUUUUAUAGCCAUACACCUAUUCUCCAUGCCUGUCAUUUCAGUGAUGAUAGAUCAAGGUCUAUAAUAUGUAUUAUUAUUUUUAUUAUAUAUAUUUUUUUCUUUGUUCGCCCUGUUGUUCAUCAUGGACUUCUCUUCUGCGAAUAUCUCUCUCUGAUGUGACUUAAUUUUAUACUCAGUCACUGGGAUUUCAUAGCUCCCAUAAUAUAUUCUAAUGCCAUUUUUUGCAUAAUAAUGCUUCAGAAAAAAAAUGGGUCUUUUAUAGAAGAAAUAUGGGGAAAAAUAAGGAUUGAUUUCUAUGUCUCUUGAAGCUGAAAUAUAUUAUACUAAACCAACUCUAAUAAUGCUUCUUGUGUUUUUCUGUCAAUGAUGUUCCAGCUUUUAUGGAUUAUUAAAGUACAUUUUAGUACAUUUUCAUUA